CACUUUGCACGAUUUUGGAACGCUAAUUAUUGUAGCUAUUUUUGAGAUAAUGUCCUGAUAUAAUUGAAAGCCGCGUAUCUUUGGCAGAUAGUUUCAAAAUUCACAAAAUUUGCAUGUCUCGGAUAGUAAAUUCCAGUAUAUUUUCGAGAGCUUGUCAAUGCAACAAGUUCUUGAAAAGCCAGAGAGUAGAUAACGAUCGCUUACAUGUCGCUUUUAUUAGGUAGGCCUUGGACGUAACCGCACAGCAUGGAUUUGCGUUACGAUAGGGUCCAAUUUCCGACAGUUUUUACUCGCGAAUCCCGGCAUCAUCAUUCACACGAACACCAUGAGGCGGCAUCGUCCGGCCAGACACCGGAGCGACAGGCGGAGAAUCCACAGCCGGAGCACUCGCGCCACGGCAGCGCAGGACACGGCGGAUCCAUGGUCUUCCAUGUCGGCAACAGGGAAACAAUUCUGUUCGGAUUCUGGACCACAAGCUCUACGACAUCGCUGGUACUCUCCUGCCUAAUCGUUUUCAUAAUUGCCAUCGGCUACGAGGCACUCAAAUGCUAUCGGGAGUGGUUGAAAAAGUGCUACAAGAAGCGCCAGGAGGGCGGCAGUGAUCGAGGCAGCACAAUGACCACACAGCUGGCGGCGUCACCGACGCUGAUCGAUGCCUAUUCGUCGCCCCUGUCGCCUGUAGUGCCGGCGGGAGCGGGAGCCGACCAGAGUCAAAAUCAGGCUCCGCUGACGACACGUGUGCCGUGGCUGGCGCUCACUCACUGGUAUCAGACGCUGUUGCAUAUGCUUCAAGUGACCAUCUCGUUUCUGCUGAUGCUCAUCUUUAUGACAUUCAACGUGUGGCUCUGCAUAGCCGUUGUCCUGGGCGCCGGAGUGGGAUACUUUAUAUUUUUCGCGAGGAGCGAAAAUGUGUCCGACCACUGCAAUUGAGGUACGUCCGUCCAUUCCAAUAUCCAAUGCCUGCCUGCGCUCCACUGUCUAUAUGAUUUCUGUGUUGUCUAUAUGCUUGUGCUAAUGUAUUUUUCUAAUUAAACCAAGUUAUAAAAAUAUCAUAACAAA